AUGAGACUGGCGACACCUGAAUGGUAUCGACGUCUCUCGCAUGACAGAUCUCCCUCCGGCUCUGACCCGAUCCGACUCACUCACAACCACAAGACCAACUGGACCGCAGGUCUGUCGAGCGUAGCCUACACGUCCUCCAAGACGCUCAUAAUCCUUCCACCUCAGUUGGCCCACAGGAUUGCUUCAGGCGGUGUCGUGCCCGCCGCCUGUCAAUCAACACCGAAUCCGGAGUGUGGACACACACCGGACACCGCUCUCGCGAUCGUCCCGAGCAAACGAGCGAUGUCCCCCUUCUCAGGCGAAGUGCAGGAUGCCCAGAGCAUCUUGCAGGCCCAUAUCCGAAAGACUUAUGCCCAGAAUGCCUUUGCUGAAGCAUGGCGCAACCUUCCCGAAGUCCCUUCCUCCGCAGAGAUGAUGCCGGCGACAACAACCCAGAAGACCGAGGAGGAGUGGAACGCUUACCAAAAAGACACCGUGUACAAUGAAGUCCUUCCGGAAAACGUGGUGGACGGCCCCUGGCCAAGCAAGGAGGCAUACAUCGGCACCCACUACCAAUUGCACCGUGAGGAUUCCAUUGCCAUGUUGAGACUCUCCAUUGCCGAAGUCCAGCAGGAUCCGGCAAUGGUCGAUAACCAAAACACCUGGGUGUACACUCAUGUGACCGUGGUCGGACUUCAAUGCGCUCGUAAUGGUAUAGCUUCCCGCAUAGAAUUCUCUACGGAGCGUGCUGGUGGGAUACGCAUUCGUUGGGAACAAUCCAAGCGACUUGCGCAAGGAACCCUCGUUGCUCUGAGUACGCAGGAGGAUGGAUUCCGUAGCAUCUGCAAAAUUGCAACAGUUGCUGCACGACCAAUCGAGGGUGGCCUGGACCAGAAUCCACCAACGGUUGAUUUGUUCUGGGGCGAAAUUAAUGACAUGUUCGUUGAUCCGGUGGAGAAAUACAUCAUGGUAGAGGCCCGCCGCGGCUACUUCGAGGCAUCAAGACAUAUGCUCGUAGCUAUGCAGAAACUAAUGACCGAGAGAUUCUCCUUUGAGAGACAUCUAGUCCACCUCGACACAGAUAUCCAAGCUCCUGAAUACCUAGAUGAACAACCUUAUGUGGACCUGACCUCUCUUGAGCAGGUGGACGAGGACCCGGAUUCCCCAAAAUAUUCGCGUGAUCACCCCUUGCUCAACGUCGAUGUGAUCAAAGGUUUUCCCGAGAACAUCUCAUCGAGCAUGGACAAGUCUCAGCUCAAGGCCUGCGAGACCAUGCUGACAAAAAAGAUUGCAUUGGUCCAAGGUCCGCCAGGAACUGGUAAGACCUUCGUUUCGGUUUCCGCGUUGAGGGUCUUGAUCAGCAAUCUACGUCCAAAUGAUCCGCCUAUCAUUGUAACGGCCCAGAGCAAUCAUGCCUUGGACCAAUUGCUGAAGCACGUCAUGAAAUUCGAACCAAAUAUCCUCAGACUUGGUGGUCAAUCUGACAAAUCCAACGAAAAAAUCCUCAAGCGUACUCUGUACGAACUGCGCAAGUCUAAUCCCAGUGCACCUGGCCUAGGGAAAGGCAUCAAAGCUGCUGCCAUGGAGCACGAAUCCCUCUGCGUCCAAAUCAAGACCAUCAUUUCGCCUCUCUUGGAUGAUAGAAUUCUCACGGCCGAGACGCUGCUCAAGCAUGGUGUCAUCACCCAAGCCCAAAGUGAUUCGCUCCACGCCGACGAGUGGGUGGAGGAUGACGAGGAGAAUGAUUCUGACAUUGCUAGCUGGCUGACGGAGGAGGGCCUUAUGCGAAUCCAAGGUGCCCCUAUGAUAAACUUUGGUUUGCCUUUGGAAGAAAUUGACGUGGAGCUUGAGCAGCUUCGCGACUUGGAGGAAGCAAAUGACGAUCGUGGUUUCGACGAAAAGGAUGGCAACUUCGCCCUCGGCGGUAAUUGGUUUCCUUUUGAACGUAGACAUACUGGCCUACACAGCCAGCCUGUGGAUGAUGCGAAGAUCAAGAAGCUUCUUGAAAAACGCAAGAGUCUUUAUGCCAUCCCGCUAGGGCGCCGAGGAGAAGUAUACCGAUACUUUGAGAGACGAAUAGACGCCGUCAUGGUAGCCGAACUUCGACAAAUUUUCGAGAAGUACCAGCGAUGUGUCGAUGACUACUCCGUAACAAGGUCGCUCGUUAGCAUCAGCCUGGUUCACAAUCUCAAUAUCAAGGUCGUCGGUUGCACAACAACUGGUCUCUCGAAGUAUCGCGCCUUCUUGUCUGCAUUGCGGCCAAGAACCCUUCUCAUCGAAGAAGCUGCCGAGACUUCAGAGGCUAAGAUCAUUGCCGGAUUGAUAGAUAGUCUGGAGCACUUGAUCUUGGUAGGUGAUCAUCAACAAUUGCAGGCGACUGCCACUGUGAAGGCUCUAGAAGAUGCCCCGUAUCACCUGAAUGUCUCCAUGUUCGAGCGCUUGAUCAACAACUCGAUGCCAUUCGUAAUGUUGAAUCGACAGCGCCGCAUGAUUCCGGACGUCAGAGAACUGCUCUGCGUCGAGCCUAUGCCAUUCUAUAGGAACCUCCACGACCAUGCGAGUGUGUUGGAUCGUGUCCAUAAUCGUCUGCCUGUGCCUGGCAUGGGAGGACUUGAUACGUACUUCUUCCACCACACCUGGGGCGAAUCUCAGAGCACAGAUCGCAGUCGCUGCAACCUCACCGAAGCCGAAAUGGUGGCGGGUUUUUUCAACUAUCUCGUCCACAACGGAACCAACCAUGAGAAUAUCACGGUCUUAACUUUCUACAACGGCCAACGAAAGUUGAUCAUCAAGACCCUUAAGAAGCAUGCCCAACUGAGCGAGAUCAGGUACUUCAAAGUCUUCACCGUUGAUUCCUACCAAGGAGAGGAGAACGACAUCAUCUUGCUCUCAUUGGUUCGAAGUAAUCAGGAGUGGAACAUCGGCUUCUUAGAAAAUAAGAAUCGUCUCGUAGUGGCUCUGUCGCGGGCUCGGCGAGGUCUGUAUCUCUUUGGCAACUCUGUCACCUUGACUGCCACAGAGAGCGACGGGAUGAACUAUAAUGGCCGCGAUCCAUUGUGGCUCCCAAUUUUGCAGCACAUGCGUGGCGUGGGCCGCAUGGAUAUCGAUAGUGGCUUGCCUGUUACUUGCCUCGUACAUGAGAACGUUUUUUCAGAAUACGAAGAUUAUCGAGACUUGGCAUCCAGUCCUAGCUCGAACAAGGGAGACGUGGAGAUCAGACGCCGACUUAUUUUCGACCAAAGUCCCUCAAACAGGUUCAGAAGCUCAACGGUACGAUCAAUGCACCAUCGUUCAAGACAAGAUAGCAUGUCAGCUCCACGAGGUGAUAUCAUGGGUAGCCCUGGCUCAAACAACUUUAAUGGCCAGCAGAGUGCGCAACAUCGUAAUAAUCCAUGGGGGCAAUGGAAUGCUGCCAAGCAUGAUAAAGAGCAAGAGGAGGAGCAAAAGUUGAUUGCUGCUCGAACUCCCAAAAAUGACCUUUCAAAGCUUGUAUUCGAAGAGACGUACAAGCCGGUGCUCAUCAUGAAUGGGGUGAGAGUAGCAGACCGACCUGGCACGGUUCGCUCGAUCAUCCCUCGUGCUCUGGACAAUGUUGCAUAUCCGUCCACAGAGAAGUCCGGACCAGCUGCACCAGGCCCACUAGCUUCCUCUACAUCAAAGAAUCCGAGGCUCCAGGGUACCGAUGCUCCUCCCUCGUGCACCGACGAAAAUAGAAGCCACAUGGGUGACAGUAAUGCCGCUUCAAGCCUGCUCGGCGAUGUAGUUGCAAGUUUAGCGCUAGAGCAAGCCUUGCACCGCAACUCGCCAGAGGUUACAGUGGUGGGAGGUAGAAAUGGCAAGGACUCUGGCCGCUCUGAACCGAAUACAUCCAACGCCCGAAAUCAGAAAGGAGCUCAGUCCAAGAAUGGUGGCCUUCGAGUUCAAGUUGGUGCGAAUGAAAUGAGUUCACCAAAAGCCGAGACUUCUUCUGCCCAUCGUUUUGGACCAUCGCAAGGUUCCCAAAGCCUGUUGGAUAGCGAUACUAGUGAUUUACCUAGCUGGACAUCGCCAAAAGUCUCCCAAAGCCAGGAAGUUUCACAGCAACCAAGCUUAGAUUCGCAGUCUUCAAGUGUGCUAAGCAACUUCUCGACGUUGGCUCUUUCUGGAUCUCCAGUGUUCGUCCAUGUAGCUCCCGUGGCACCAAACUUGGGUCCUACAUCGCGCACCAGCAUGAGUGACAUCUCCUCGUUGGGUCUGCCGUCACCAGCAUUCGCGUCCCGACGCAGCAUCCCGCAGGGCUCGGUCUUCGCUCCUAGCUCGUUCAUGGAUGAUGCCGCCACCGAAAUGUCAUCUCUACAUCUCGUGUCUCCAACUUUGAGCAGUGACAACCACUUCCCAGGUGAUACGAGUGAGAACCUCAACCCUACAGUCGACACGAUCCAGGAGGAAGUUCCAGUUGAGAGCGGUGGUGCUACUCGUGCCCCUGAUAUCUUCGAUGAUGAUUUGUCGGACCUGAAGGGUUUCAGUUCCCUUGUUCUGACCCAGCUUGCAGAGAACGAGAUUGCCGACACUCAGGAGGAGGUCGCAGUUGGGAGCGACGCAAUUGACCGUAACCCUUGGAAUUUUGGCGACGUUGCACCGGAUCUGGUGGUUUUCGGAUCGAACCCCCCUGUUCGCCGCACUUUCAUGACAACUUCUGCCGAUGCCCCAGCACCAGACAACAAGGCUGCCAUCGACGAUGACGAGGACUUGAUUGAAUUCGACAUCUAG